GUAUUGAAAAAUUCGUUCAUUCAAAAAAUUUUCCCGAAACCGGAGAUGUUACGAUAGGAGUUUGGAUUGAUGAUACCAGAUUAGAGAAUGAAAAACCGAAAUAUCAUUGUCUUCCUUCUAAACCCUGGCCGAAAGAUAUCAUCGAUGCUUGGUACGAAGAGCUAAAUCAGCCAGAUAUUUCAGACGUUCAAUUUAACUUGUCAGAAACAACAAUAUUUGCGCGUAGUUCUAUUCUCACAAAACGCUCGGAAUAUUUUCGAAAAAUAAUCGAAGGUAGUUGGAUUGAAGGUUCGCAACGAGGUUCUCAGCAAAAUAAUUAUAAUAAUCGACAUCCAAAUAAAAAUCACACGGAUAAAGAACCAGAAGACGAAUCAGAAUCAUCAAAUGAUGAAGUACGAUUAAACGACGACGGUGACGUGCCUUCCCAAGAAGGAAAAAAAUAUCAGAUAAAUAUACCCGAUAUUCAUCAGGAAACUUUUAUGGAAUUACUUCGAUUCCUUUAUACGAAUCACGUUGAAUUCGAUUCCAACUCUUUACAUAAGAGACCAAUUGAUAUAUUUAUCGUAGCAGAUAAAUAUCUUGUAACCGAAUUAAGACAAAUAGCGAAAUCUAAAAUCUUUAAUGAAUUAACUGUUGAAAAUGCAGCAGAAUUUUUGUUUGGAAUAGUCUGGCAAUGGUCUGAUUUAAAAUCAGAUGUUAUGAAAUAUGUUGCCGGAGAAUUUCAAAAGAUUAGAAAAACUGAAGGAUUUGAACAAUCGCAUGCCUCUGAGUCUAAUGGAUAUCUUGUGACUCCAUUGGACGUCGCUACAGGGGAUAAUGAUCCAGAAGCUACUUCAUAUCCUCCUCAAAUAAAUUCAUCCGCAUCUCCUAAUGAAUUUAAUCGUUCUCGUUGGCAAUUGAUAAGAGAACAUGUUUUGGUCGAGAAAAAUGUACCUCCUUCACCUCCUCAGCCGUCCGUUCUUGCCGAUGAUGGAGUUGAAGAAUUUUAUUCACCAACCUCUACAAAAAUUGAAUCACCAAUAACGCCAAAGCGGGAUAAUUAUCCAAACAGUCCUUUGCGAGUUUUACGUUCUAAGGCUGUUGUACAACAGCGUUCAGAUAUUAAUAAAUUGGAAAAGGAAAUUGAAAAAGUCUUGUCUAGAAAAUAUGGUAGUAAUGCAUUGACUGGAAUGAAUGGGAACUUUGCGAAUGCUUCUUUAAGUUCGCUACCUACAAGCGAUAUUGUAGGUAAAG